AUGGCCAUUCAAUAUCUCAUUCUCCUAUCCCGUCAGGGCAAAGUGCGUCUUGCCAAAUGGUUCACAACACUCUCCCCCAAGGACAAGGCCAAGAUCGUCAAGGAUGUAUCUCAGCUUGUGCUCGCUCGAAGAACGCGCAUGUGCAACUUUCUAGAAUAUAAGGAUACAAAGAUUGUCUAUCGCCGAUAUGCAUCACUCUUCUUCAUCGCCGGAUGCUCCUCCGAAGAUAACGAGCUGAUCACCCUCGAAAUUAUCCACCGAUAUGUCGAGCAGAUGGACAAGUACUACGGCAACGUUUGCGAGCUCGACAUCAUCUUCUCUUUCACCAAGGCAUACUAUAUCCUCGACGAAAUCCUCCUCGCCGGCGAGCUGCAGGAAACGAGCAAAAAGAAUGUUCUUCGCUGCAUCGGCCAGCAGGACUCCCUUGAAGAUAUGGAGGUCGAGGACGAGGUCACAAAGAUCAUGUAA